ACAUUCAAACACAGAAACAGUAUCAAAUCCCAAAGCACGAGUCUUUUGGUUCCGACGAUUUGUCUUCUCCCGUAACUCUUUCUAAUUUCUAUGGCCGAACCCUCACCAUCGGGCUCUGCAAUUGAGCCUCGGAGCAUAAACCCUGACUCGAAUCCGUCUCUCACUGCCAAUGUCCGUGCGGAAAUCGACACUUCGUCACCGUUUGUUUCAGUCAGAGAGGCGGCCAAUCGCUUCGGCGGCUUCGGUUUCUGGAGACCUCACAGCUCUGAACCCCUUCAGGAUAAUGUCAAAGAAGGUGAGCUACAGAACUAUCUAAUGGUCAAAGAGUGUGAGACGCUUGAUGUGCUGAAGGAGCUUGAGUUGACUAAAGCCAGGAUUAUAGAUCUCAACUCAAAGCUGCAGCAGAAGAAGAAUGAAGAGGAGGAGUUGAGAGAAGAAGUUCAAAGUCAUAUCAAGCCAGCGGGUGUGGUACUUCAAGAUUUAAACAAGGCAAAGAUGAAUCUGUGCAAGAGGACGGUAGAUCUCUCCGGUUUACGCCGUUCUGUUGAGAUUUUGAAUAAGCAACUGAAGGAGGAAAAGGAUGCACUUGAGAAGACACGCGAGAGAGUUAUGCAGAAGUCUCUGAAGGUGAUUUCUCUAGAGGAGGAAGAAGAAGCGAAGAAGGGUGAAACCAGCGAGAAAGAUCUUGAGAAUAACGCGUUGAGAAUGAUUAACGAGGUGCGGAGACUCGGCUGCGAAGCUCAGGAGUUCAAGAAAGCAGGUGAGAAGGCAAUGGAGGAGAUUAAACACACGAGAGAGAAGGUCAAAACGGUUAAGAUAAAGUUGGUGGCUGCUAGAAGGAUGAAGGAAGCGGCUAGAGCUGCUGAGGCGGUUGCAAUCGCAGAGAUUAAGGCUGUUAAGGGAAGUGAAAACACUGUGACUAUCUCUGCUGAAGAGUACGCUAAGCUGACUCUUGACGCUAGAGAGGCAGAGGAAGAGGCGAGGAAGAGAGUGGAAGAUGCAAUGUCCAGAGUCGAAGAAGCGAAUGUUUCAGAGAUGGAUAAUCUGAAGAGAGCAGACGAAGCAGCGAAAGAAGUUGAAGCCAGCAAGAGGGCAUUUGAGGAAGCAGUGGAGAGAACCGAGACUGCGAACGCUAGAAAACUCGAAGCAGAAGAGGCGCUGAGAGACUUGAAGUCAGAGAAAGGAGAGAGGAGAAGAUCAUCAGUGAACAACACUGCCAAGUUCAAGACCAGAAGAGAGACAAUAACAACAAAUAGUCUGAUGGAUGUAAACGGUCUGCAUCUGACGUAUGAUUUUGUUCCUGGUCCAUCAUCAUCUUCAGUUCCUGUCUUGAAGCCAGCGAUGUCAAUAGGGCAAAUACUCAGCAAGAAGCUACUAGUUGCAGAUGAUUCAGACAUGAGUGUUGUUAAGGAGAGAUGUAAAAUGUCUUUGGGUCAGAUGCUGGCAAAGAAUAGCAAUGGUGAUGGAGCUCUGAGCAAGAAGAGUGAAGGGAAGGAGAAUGAGAAAAGAUCAGUGAAGAGAAAGAAUAUUGGAUUUGCUAAGAUCGUUUUGUUGUUAAACAAAGAGAGCAAGAACAAGAAGAAGAGCAAGAAGAUUGGUUUGAACCUGAGGUGAUACAAUGAUUCAGUGGUUUUAACUUCUUACUUUGUGAUCAGUAAAUUUAGGAAAAGUUUAAAGUAUCGUCUCAUCUUGUGUCUGGGCCUUUAAUGGGCUUUGUAUUGGGCUUUUGUGUUCUUUCAUUAGUUCUUUGUCACAUUGUGACCGUAACUCUCUUAUGUGUAACUGUGUAAAUCAUGAGUUUAUUUCUUGUACACACAACUUAGACGAUUCAUUUUCAUGACUUAUGUUUCUGCA